AAAAGCUUCUACCAUCCUGAAGUCAGUGUUCGUUGCAAACAAGGAGUUGCCUUUCACAAAGUGACAAUGCUCAACUCUGUGGGACUGAACCUUGUGGUGCUGCUUUCAGCAAUGCGAGCAGCCACAGUAGAGAGGAUGAGGAGACAUACAACACAAUAUUACUGAGGUAGGACACAGUUCAGAAAACCACUGGUUCUCAUGUGUCUCAUGUAUUUUGGUGUGUGCAACAGAGUGGAGUAUGACUACUACAAAUACCAUCCAAUGCCGGAGAUCACCAACUGGAUGAAUCAGACUGCGAAGGAUCACCCUGAUCUUGUGACCAUAGUGGACUAUGGAAAGACCUAUGAGAAGAGGACUAUUAGCUUGCUCAAGAUUGGCCUGAAUACUGGAAAGAAAAAGAAAGCUAUCUGGAUGGACUGUGGGAUCCACGCCAGGGAAUGGAUCGCCCCGGCCUUCUGUCAGUACUUUGUCAGACAGAUCCUGCAAACAUACAAAACAGACCCAAAAAUGGAAGAGAUGAUGAAGAACAUGGACUUCUACGUCACCCCUGUGCUCAACAUGGACGGCUACAUCUACACCUGGAAGGACAACACAACUCGACUGUGGAGGAAGAACAGGUCACCAGGACCUUCAGACUGUUACGGCACUGAUCUCAACCGCAACUUUGACGCCAACUGGGGCACAAUAGGGGUAUCAUCUAACUGCUGCUCAAACUUCUACGGCGGGAGAGAACCUUUGUCUGAGCCCGAGGCCCAGGCCGUAACUUAUUUUGUAGGAAGCCGGAAGGAGGACUUCCUGUGUUUCCUCACUAUCCACUCCUACAGCCAGAUGCUCUUGAUUCCCUUUGGACACCCAAACUUCACCGCUGACAACUACGAAGAGCUGAUGGAGGUGGGUUUGGCUGCAGCAGACGCCAUUAGGGGGAUCCACGGGAAGAAUUACACUGUAGGAACCUCAGCGAAAGUAUUGUACCCCAAAUCUGGUUCAUCCACAGACUGGGCUCGGCUGCAGGGGAUCCCCUUCACCUACACCUUUGAGCUAAGAGACAAUGGGACAUUCGGCUUCCAGCUACCCGAGGAUCAGAUCCAGCCGACCUGUGAGGAGGCCUACAGCGGAGCCCUGCACAUCAUCACCUACGCCCACGACAAGACCUUUAAUGGUGCUGUGGCACCCACUGCUGCAGCCCUGUGGACCAUGCUGUUAGGAGUGGGUUUCACCAACACCACUCUGAUGUGAAUUAGAAAAAACUGCAUGAGGGGAAACUGACUAAAGCUGUACUUUUUUGAGGUCCAGUCAUCCUAAAGAAUCUGCUUGAUUCUCA